UCAGUAAGGCCGAGGCAGGGGAUCAUGGGCUUAAAAAAGUUGGUGACCACUACCUUAAAGGAAGGAUAAAAAUGGAGUCCUGAGCUCUGCCGGAACUAUCCGAGCGUUAGCGGAGGGACCCGAGCUCUGCCGGAACUAUCCGAGCGUUAGCGGAGGGACCCGAGCUCUGCCGGAACUAUCCGAGCGUUAGCGGAGGGACCCGAGCUCUUGCCGGAACUCCCGAGCACUGGCGGAGGGAUCCGAGCCCCGCCGAGAGCUACCUGACCGCUUGAGAACCGUUGGGCGGCCUGUUGCUCCACUCUGUUAUGGAGUCUCACAGUUUGGAGACUGAAGGGGAGAUCCUCCACAAGUCGCCAAUGAUCCACGGGAAGGAGCAGCUCCGACAUGGACACAAACCCGCCGUCCUGCUGCCCGUGUCCACAAGCAAUCAUUCUCCAGAGACGUCUCUUUCUCCAAUAGACACCAUGAAUUCUCUUUCCAAUUUUGAAUCGGAAAUGGAUCAUGAUGGACAAGGGAAUUAUUCUCUUUUCCCAGCCCUCGAUAAUGUGACCAUCUUGCCUGCAAACAGUGAAGCACUAGAAGCCGAGCCAACAUCUGAUGUGAGUGACAAGCCAAACAUGACGUGGUUGGAUGCUGCUCAGUUCUCUCCAUGAGCCUCUGGAAGGUGGCUGGAGCUCCCGAUAUGCCUUGGGGCAUUCGUUCGAACUGAAAGAACCCCAGUGGGCAGAUAAAUGCGGUCUUCUCUUUAUCGCCUGCACUCAUCGGGAUCUGGUAAUACCCACUUCUUAAGUCCAGCACACUGAACCACUUCGCACCGCUCAGGCAGGCCAACGCAUCCUAGAGUCUUGGGACAGUAUAUUGAUCAGGGACAGUUCGCCAAUUCAAAGUCCUGCAGUCAACACUCAUGCGCACUCUCCCAUUCUUCUUCCGUGCCACCACUAUUGGGGAUGCAUAAGGACUUCGAGACUCAGCUAUGAUUCCGGCCUCCUUCAACUUGCACAAGUGCUGUCGCACAUCCUCAACAUCUGCCGGAGCCAGCCACUGGGAUCUCUCUCGGAACGGGGUGUCUUCCAUCACCCGGAUGGUGUGGCGAGUGCUUUUGGAGCAGCCAACAUCAAACUCGCCCCGAGAAAAAACAGCUUCCAUCUUCAGCAUCUUCUCCAUUAGCCUGAGUUUCCACUCCGGCGACACAGGGGAAUCCCCGAAGUUAAAGGCUUCAGCGGUCAGCUCCCUUCGAUGCUCCAGUCCCUCCCUAUUAGGUGUCCUCACUGGUGUACUAGACAUUACCGUCACUGGGAACAGAUGUGCCAGCGGCAUUCCCCUCUUAAAGAUUGUUCUGGAGGAAGCUGGAAGACCCCUGUACAUCAAGGAAAUCAAACAGCGAAUACUGGACCGAGGACUCGUGCAGUCAAACUCUAAAUCCAGCCUGGAAGCUGUCCUCUAUCGAGAGACUCAGAAAGGAAGUAGACGAUUCAAGAGGCUGGAGAAUAAAAAUGGGAUAUUUGCCCUACAAAUGGAAAAAGAACAUCAGCAGCUUCUCCCGAGCUACACAACACAGCCUUUCCUUGUGCCUGUGACUCACCCUACUGAGUAUCCUAAUCCCCAGUUAAUGGACCAUCUCCCCAACUUCCCUUCCCCCUCCAUGUUCCAGGACUCCAAACCUAAACUGAAGAAAGUUCUGAAGAAAGCCCUGAAUGAGAAGUACAGGACUAAGUAUCUCAGACUGCGGAAGACUGUAAAAGCUCUGAUCUUUGAGAAUGCUGCUCUGUGUGAUGAAAUUGCUUAUAUGGAACUGAAGUUUUUCCGAACUAAAGAGGAAAGAAGGUUCCUGUUAAAGAAGUUGUUGCAGCACCAGAGCUUCAGUGAUGGCACAGAUCUGACAGGCAGUGCUGGCACCAUACUUGCCCCCACCAUGUACAGUGUACCCACAGGAAGCAGCCAAGUGGCAGGAGUUUCAAGCCUUCCCACAACACCAGUCGCCAGUACUUCAACUGGAGAGGAGGCUUUAGGUAAAAAGUCAAAGAAAGACAAGCGGGACAAAGGAAAAGAUAAUGGCAAAGAUGAUGGUAAGUAUUUGGGUAAACUCAAUGCACUGAUGGAGUGUUCAGUGUACUUACUCAAUACACAAUGGUGCGAUAAGGUCAGUGUUAAAAAGCUUGACUUGUGUUUGGUGUUAUAGUUAUUAACUUCCGUUACAGUUAGGUUAUUAACUUCCAUCAGAGCAUUGGUAUCACCAUGGGUUGCCUAACUAGCAUAUCGUUUAUUAACUCGAGCGACUGUUUUAUGUCAGUACACCUUGCUAUGUUAAAGGUGAAACAAAUUUGAAGAGGUUCUGAUAUAAGGUCACUUAAUGUCCCUAUAAUGUUAACUUUUUUUUCUCUCCACAGAUGCUGCCUGACCUGAUGGGCAUCUCCAUUAUUAGCUGUUUUUAUUUGAGGAGGGAAAUAUUGACAGAUGCAGGGCAGCAUGGACAGGGCGGCAUAUCCAAGAAUAGAGGUUAGGCCUGAUGUACACAGAUGAUGGAAACAAGAUUUGGAAGGUGAUGAUCAAAGUAAAGGGCAGAUGUCAGUUAAAUGUUGCUUUAAAUCUGUAGAAAUCUUGGAUAUAUUUGCUGACUAGUCAGACUUCAUUAUUUCCCAGUUUAUGGUGUUAGAGUGAUUAUCAGCAUCAAUAGAGAAACAUUGGAGGAUAUACAUUCAGUAUUCCCACAACUGGAGUGCGGAGACCCCAGUUAUCCCCAUUUCCUUUCUCCAGUGAACCUACUGACUACUUGUUCCUUGAAUUUUACCAACUCCUGAAUACCUGUGUAUCCAAGAUCUCGUGUAAUGGUAUUUUAUAAAUGAGGCAGGAUGGAGUCCAAGUCAUACAUUAUGAAAACUGAUCCUUCGACCAUUUAGCACCUAUUUUAUACAAAUACAAUUGUUGUCUCCGCAUUCCCAUAAAAUUAACCUCCCAGAUUCAACCACUUCCUACACACCAAGAGCCAUUCACAAUGGCCUUUUAACCUACUAAUCACUGUGUGAUGUGAGAGGAAAAGGAAUUAUCUAGGAAAAUCUGAUGUUCACAGCAAUGAUGUGCAGGCUGCACACAAACAGCAUUAGGAUUGAACCUGGGUCAUUGGAACUGUGAAGCAGCGGCUUUACCAGUGGUGUACUCUAUAUCAAGGCCACGGUGUACCAGCCACGGGAAUAUUUGAGAGUGCUUUACUCCAUGUCCUUGCCAAGAUGAACCGGCCAAAAUGCAUUUAUGGAGCAAUGUAUAGAGUGCUUUACUUAAAUCGUGUACACCCUAUCUGCCCUGUCGGGGAGUGUUUGUUGAGUAGAGGGAACUCUGUUCUGUGCAACACAGGUCAGGCAUAAGGCAGGAGUGUUUUGUAGGACAUUUUGGAGAGAGGUUGACUUUGUAUCAAACCUAAGCUGUAUCUGUCCUGGAAGAGUUUGAUGGAAUAGGGCAAGAGUUCUGGAGUGCUGACACCAUCAGAAAAUGAAUACCAGCUCUCCAUCAAGAAAAUACUUAUCAAUGUUUGUUUCUUGUCGCAGACUAAAUCAAUUUUGUUUAGAGUAGGUAUUGUGGUUUUUACUUCCAGAGAACUUCUCAGCAGUGUUGGAUUAACAAAGGGGUUAAACUGUACAACUAUAACAUUUUGUUAAUAUAAACUUGAUAGAAUAUUUUGAAUUUAUGUAAAUAUGCAUUUGUUAUUAAAUUUUGUCUGUUUGAACCAAACUGUGAGACUUAAAUCUUUGCUAAACUCAGGUUAGAACAGUAUGUUCCUGCAUUGACAAGAAUGUAAAAGCUGUACUCUAGUUUGAUUUUAAAAUAUACAGUUUAAUAUAUAAAAUGCAGUAGUUUCUCUAGAGGAAGUAACAGUUAACAUUUAUUUUUAAAUAAAUGUAUUGUAUAUUGCUACUAUUUAUUCCUGUAUUCAUCUGUUCAAUAAAUUCAUUUGGCAUUUGAAGCAAAAUAAAACAGG